GAGUGCCACGCCAGACACGACGAUGCCGCCUUUUUGUCUCUUCACGAAGUCGCUACUCUGGUACCUGCUACAAUGAAUCCGUGGCGUGAAAGCACUUUUUUCCCCAGCAGUCGAGUCAGUGUCGUUGGAACUUGCAACCGGUCCAAACAAUAAUCGUACAAUGUGAAAAUGAGUACCAUGGUAGACGGUUUGAAUUCGCCCGGCGGCGGCGCCUUUUACGGUCGUACCGGUAUUCUCGAGACGCACGUGCGCGGCCAAUGGUACCGUGUCUUCGUCACGCUCGAAGACGAUUUCCUGUGCAUCACCUUGGACGAGUCGUACGAGAAUACGACUACUUUGAAUGGUACUUUGAACAAUAACAUCGAAACUCCGAGCGGUUUAUGUGAAACCCCGGACGUACCUGACGGGGUACUGAUCGGCCAGAAAAGGGCGGUACGAGUUGUUAAAUCGGAAAACAACGGUUUGGGGAUUUCGAUUAAGGGCGGCAUGGAAAACAAAAUGCCAAUUUUGAUUAGUAAGAUUUUCAAAGGGAUGGCGGCCGAUCAGACUGAGCUUCUUUACGUUGGGGAUGCUAUUUUGUCGGUCAACGGGGAAGAUUUGAGGGAGGCUACGCACGACGAAGCAGUCAAGGCGUUGAAGAAAGCUGGAAAAAUCGUCGAACUUGAAGUGAGAUACCUCCGCGAAGUGACCCCGUACUUCCGCAAAGCCAGCAUCAUUUCCGAAGUGGGCUGGGAAUUGCAAAGGGGCUUCCUGUCUGGAGCUCCGCCCGUAGUCAAAUUUCCGCAAAGGGCCGACACACGUUAUCUGCCUCUGCAGCUCUGCCAUUUGGCCAGGAAUUUUCGUUAUCCGGACCCAGAAGGUCGUACUUUGGAACUCCACUCACCUGAUGCGGUGCACAGUUGCGUGCUCAGAGCUUCAGAUCCAGGCGAAGCAGUCGCUUGGUUCAACACUUUACAUUCGGCUCUGGCUUUACUCACCACUGCGGCUCUACACGAAGCCGCCAGAGCCAUACCCGACCUGCGACACAUCGGAUGGUUACUCAGAAAACCAAAACUUGAAAAUAAUAUGUCUAGCUCAGAAAGCUCAGAAGACAUGGAAAAAUGGCAAUCGAUUUUCGCUGCAGUAACAGACUCAGAAUUGAGGUUCUACGAAAGUGCUCCUUGGUCGGGGGAGGCUUGGAGGGCACCUGCCGAAGCUUAUUCGUUGAUUGCUACAAGAUUGGUAGGCUCUGGCAAGAGGGACGAUUUUCCUGAAUUCAGUAUUAGAUGUGCAACAGUAGAUGGGGUGAUGACGCACAGUUUAAGGGCAGAAACGCAUCGAGAUUUGGCAAUGUGGGCAAAAUCUUUAGUAAACGGAAGCCAUGCCAGUGCAGUAACUCAAAAAGAACUUGUUUGUCGUUGUCUUUGGAAAGGCCGUCCAGCUCAAUUAGUGAUCCACUACGAAAACGGUUUUACUCUUUUGGAAGCCGGCACUGGUUCCAGAACGCUUUGGAGGUACUCGUUUGACAGACUCAGAAAUUCUUCUGAUGAUGGGAAAAGGUUUCUUUGGCUCGAUUUUGGUUCUACUGGAUCUACGGAAGAAGCCGAAGUGGAAUUGGACAUUGAAGGUUGUCCUAAGCCCAUAGUGUUCAUCCUGCACAAUUUUCUAUCUGCCAAAAUUCAUCGAUUGGGACUGACUGCGUAGACUUUUUCGAACUUAAAAUUUAGAUAGUGUAUACAUUUAUUUCCUAUGCUAUUUAAUAUUCUUAUUAAAUUUUGUCAAUUAUUAAUAAGGUUUUAUCGAAAAUUAAGUUCUUAUCGAAUAGCAUUAUAAUUAUUUCACAGGGUGUUCUAGUAUUUUUACUUUUGUUGAACAUUUAAAACCUAAAAAUAUAUUUGGAUGUUUUGGGUUGUUGUUAGAAUGGCCCAGCAAUGAAUGUUCACAAAUUCUAUUUAAAAAAAAAUCUCAAUAUCAAUACAAGUUUCAGGUCUGGCAACCGAUGCGUCCCUUUGGGUUCAGAUAGUAUAUGGGUAGACGAGUCCAAAAAGCCCGGGACACAAAUGUUUUUGAUCCUAUAGCGGCUUUGAUGACGAAAAAACUACGAAAAGAGGUUAUGUGGAGAAAGAAAAGAUUUCACCACUAGUAGUUAAUACAUCUAUUGUUACACCUUAAUUUUUGUAGGAGAUUAUUGAAUAGGGUUUACCAAAAAUAGAUCGCAGUAAAUGUUUUUCUCUGGUGAGCCAUGAUUUAACAUUCUCUUGAAAUGUCUAUUUUUAGGGAAAGCUCUAAGCUAGUACCCAAACAGCCCUAUGAGGAGCGUUGAGUAGGGCUUCUACAGCAUGACAUUUACCUUAGGAUUUCAGUCGUACUGUAGCAAGUCACACCCAACUUGGAGAGAAAGUCUUUAGGCCUGUACCCUCGAGAAGCUUAAGGCUGUGGAGACUAACCUCUGCCUGACUGAAUUAUUAGAAUUACUGCUACCGUCAACAGAAACUCGAGUUAUAUAGGGAAAUGUCCCAGAAAUUAGGCGGCAAUAAUGAUUACGUCAUCAACGAAAAAUUUGUGUCUCUGGCUUUUUAAACUCGUUUAUCCAUGUAGGUACUAAUCUGAACCCAAAGGGGCGCAUUGGUUGCCAGACGUGAAAUAUUCUAGUAUAAUUUUCAUCCCACUAAUAAUAGAAUCACCCUGUACAAGUUCAUAUCUUCGAUUUUUUUUAUUCAACUUUCUAAACCAGAAAAUGGAGUGCCUUUUUAGAGUGAAAAAAAGGUCCCUCAAAAAGUAAAACGGUACAAAAAUAGACCUGAUUUUUCGGUUUUUUUACAACAAAAUAGAACAAUAAUACAAUUUUUUAAUGCGCACUUUUCUAUUAAUUUUCCAUUUUAAUCUGGGUUUAGUGUUAGUUUUUCUACUUCCGUAAUUUGUAAAUUGUAAUGACAAAAAUGGUAGACAAUAUGUAAAUUAAAACCAUAAAGGAAUAACGACGCUAAUAAUAAUGUAAAUAAUUGAAAAUCAAAAAUCAAUUUGUAUAGAUAAGUAUAAUAAAAUGUCAAUAAUAAGUUUGUAUUUUUAACAAAAAGGUUGUAAUCCUAGCCAAGUGAUUUUUGUGUUUUUUAGGUAAAAUUAUUGUAAUUUAAUUGUAGUAAUAAACAAAUAAUCAAUAAAUUGCAAGUGUUUCCAUUAGUAAAUACAAUUAUUGGUAAUUGUUUGCCAUAAACGACAUGUAAGAAUAGG